AUGCAGCGUGUUCGCGCGACGACGCCCUCAUCGCCCUCAAGUCGCGCCUUCCCCGAGAUGCAAUCAGGCCACCCCGAACCAAUACCAGAGAAUGAAGAGACCAAAUCUGUGGAGAAGAAGCCUGAGUCCUUUGUUCGCCAAUGGAGCUCGCGGCUGCGUCUGGAGCCAUCCGAAUGGGAUAUCCUCAUAGCCUCGACGUGUCUGAAACUGCUCCUCUUCCCAGCAUACAGGUCGACUGACUUCGAGGUGCACCGGAAUUGGCUCGCCGUCACGCACACGCUUCCGAUAUCCAAAUGGUACUAUGAUACCACAUCAGAAUGGACACUCGACUACCCACCAUUCUUCGCCUACUUCGAGAAGCUCAUGUCGAUCCCGGCAUACUUCAUUGACCCGCGCAUAGUUGACUUGAACAACCUGAACUACGACGCAUGGUCUGUCGUCGCGUAUCAGCGAAGUACCGUCAUCUUGACAGAGCUCGUCCUCGGCGCGGUCCUCCUGAGGUUUGUAAGAGGAGCGGUCAACCCUACUACGCAGAGAAUCAUAUCCGCGUCACUAUUUCUGCACCCGGGCUUCCUCAUCGUAGACCAUAUACACUUCCAGUACAAUGGCUUCAUGUACGGGAUUUUGCUUUGGUCUAUCCUUAUGGCUCGUGAGGAUAACAAACUAGCAAGCGGCUUCCUCUUUGCUGUCCUCCUCAACUUCAAGCACAUCUACAUGUAUCUUGCCCCGGCAUACUUCAUCUACCUCCUGCGCUCCUUCUGCCUUUCGCCUUCUGGCGCCCUCCUUCCUACGCGCUUCAUCUCCCUCGCCAACGCCGUCAUCGGUGUUUUCCUCGUCUCGCUCGGCCCGUUUCUUCUAAUGGGCCAGCUCCCACAGCUACUAAGCCGACUGUUUCCAUUCACGCGAGGGUUGAACCACGCAUACUGGGCACCGAACGUCUGGGCCCUGGUCACCGCAGCGGACCGUGUGCUGUUGAAAGUGGUAAAGCGCGGCGCGUUGGCCAUGUCGGUCAACGACGCGGGAGUCGCGUCGACAUCCCGCGGGUUCGUUGGCGACACCGUCUUCGCUGUUCUUCCGAACGUAAAGCCCAUCCAUACUUUCAUCAUCACGAUUGCUUUCCAAACGAUUUACUUGGUAAAGCUCUGGCGCGCGCCCACGUACAAGUCGUUCGUGACCGCUCUCACCCUCUGCGGCUGGACAUCCUUCAUGUUCGGCUGGCACGUCCACGAGAAGGCUAUCCUACUCGUCCUCGUACCCCUCAGUCUGAUGGCAGCUGACAACCAUGCAUAUUUCCGGACAUUCAUGAUAGCCUCCGUGGCUGGCGUGUUCUCGCUGUUCCCACUGCUGUUCACUCCAGCAGAGACCCUCGUCAAGGUUGUCUAUUCAGCACUCUGGGCGGUGUUUGCUUUCGCUCCCCUCCACAGUCGAGUUUACGAGUUCCCGAGGUCUCUGCCCUUCGUCAUCAUCGACAGUCUCGAGAAGCUCUACCUCGCAGGCUUCCCUGUCCUCCAGCUCUUCGUCACGCUCUUCCCGAUGUUGACCAGCAGCCAAAGCUCCGCCUCGCCGUCGCCUGGCGCUAACGCUGAGGUGCAGGUCGAGGCCGUGAAAAGCGACAAGCUAGAGCCGGGGAUGAGUGCCUUAGAGUUCUUGCCAUUGAUGCUGACGAGCGUGUACUGUGCGGUUGGUCUUGUAUGGGCGUUCUUGCGACUGUCUGUCAUUUAUAUACGGCAGCAGUACUGA